AUGUCGGAUGACUCUCGCCCGAAAGCUGGCAUCCUGGUGGACUACAUAGGCUUUACCGAGAAAGGAACCGGGAAAGAUGGUGAGAAAUGCAACUCCAAUCUACAGACCAACGUGCAAAUCAAACUUAAUCUCCCUGACGGUCAAAAACGCGAGUAUUCAACCUACACGAGGACCGAGGUGCACCCCGAUUCUGACCUUGGCGGUUCUCUAACACCUCAAAUAAAUCUAAAAACCGAGCUAUCCCUAGAAGAGGACUCUGACUCGGAUGCGACAUCGAUAGCGACACCAAAGUCCACGCUGCCUACGCUCUUAUCAUCCUCUCUCCCAACUGUGCUGCCUAUGGAGCACCCGGUUGACCGAACAUUCAGCGCGCUGAGUUCGACAGAAUUCGCUGCACACCGAUACCCCUGCCAACUCAGCUCCAGAGGAAAUUCGCUGCCGAUAUUUUCUGAUUCCGACCUAUCCGAAGCAUGUCCCAUCUUCCGCGGUAAAUCCGUCUACCUCUCCGACAGUAAUGAGUCCCUGCUCUCGAACGCCCUUUCCGCAGUACAGAUUAAUACUGAGGAUUGA